AUGUUUUGGAGAAACGCUGGACUUACCUAUCUUAAUUAUUCCCGUAUUGCUGCUAAAGUAGUCAGUAAAUGUACUAAAUCAGCUCAGGGAAAGACUGCACCUGAGGGAGCUCUUAAUAUUUCAAAGUGGGAGAAUGGUAAAAUUGUUCCAAAGAAAUCUAACAAUAAUUAA